GGCGUGUUCUCACCUGGCCACGCCCCCUCAUGAAUAUUCAUCCCGUGACGCGGAGGCGCUGACGCUACUCGGGAGCAUCCGGAGCUGCGAGAACCGACGGGAGCGGCCGCCGCCAUGUGCGACUUCACCGAGGAGCAAACAGCGGAGUUCAAGGAAGCGUUUCAGCUCUUCGACCGCACCGGGGAUGGGAAAAUCCUGUACAGCCAAUGCGGGGACGUGAUGCGGGCGCUGGGGCAGAACCCCACCAACGCCGAGGUCAUGAAGGUGCUGGGCAACCCCAAGAGUGAUGAGAUGAACCUGAAGACGCUGAACUUCGAGCAGUUCCUCCCCAUGAUGCAAACCAUCGCCAAGAACAAGGACCAGGGCUGCUUCGAGGACUACGUGGAGGGGCUGCGGGUGUUCGACAAAGAGGGCAACGGCACCGUCAUGGGUGCCGAGAUCCGCCACGUCCUCGUCACCCUGGGCGAGAAGAUGACGGAGGAGGAGGUGGAGCAGUUGGUGGCCGGGCACGAGGACAGCAACGGCUGCAUCAACUACGAAGCGUUUGUGCGACACAUCCUGUCGGGGUGACGCCGCAGGGAGUUGGUCCGGAUGGUGCUGAGCGGCUGAAGCCCCCGCGUGACCCCCUUUUCCCCCCUCACCCAUCCUCUGGAUUUUGUGCCUUUUUCCCACAUUUUCCUCCCGGGACACCCCCAGCA